GUAGUGGUGAUGCUUUAUUUAAUUUAACUGGCGAUACAAUGCAAUUGAAUGAACGAGGUGAGAUUGUAGAAAAUCAAGAAAAUGUUACAGUAAGGAAUGAACAAGAAUUGUUAGCAGUACGAAAACCUGUGUACACAAAGAAAAAUGUAGAUAUGGAAUGGCGUCGUGAAUACAUGAAAAAUGAAGAUAUUGGAUAUUUUUAUGAUUCGGCAUGGGAUGUCAAUUUAUUAAGUGAACAGAAUAACAGAAACGAAACAAUAAACAAAGAAAAACAAGAGAACAAAAUAAGAAAAAAUAAUUUAUUAGAGAAACAUGUACAAGAAGACGAUGACGAUGAAAUAUUCAAUGAAGAUAAUGUUGAUGAACCAGAAGAAAUAUCAUUACAAAUUGAAAAACGUUGGCUUGAAAUUGCUGUUAUAGUUGAUUAUUCUGUUAUUGAAUUUCAUCAAAGUUUGGAACAAGUUCGACAUUAUAUAAUUGCAUUGAUGAACAUUGUAAGCUCAAUAUAUCGUGAUACAACAUUGGGUAUAUCUGAAACGUUGCAGCUCGUAUUAACAAAAUUAAUUUUCAUCCAUGGUAAAAAUGGUACCGAGGUACGUGUUGGUAAUGCAAAAAAAUCUUUAGAAAAUGUAAAUCGUUGGAAUCACAGAUAUUUACAACAAUUAGCCCCAAUCGAAAAGAAUAACAACACAAUUGGGCAUGAUAUCGCUGUAUGGUUAACACGUUUAGAUAUAGGUGGCCCAUCAGGCUAUGCACCUGUUUCUGGUACGUGUGAUCCAAAACGUAGCUGUUCUUUAAAUCGUGAUGAAGGUCUUACAAGCGCUUUUAUCAUAGCUCAUGAAAUGGCUCAUAUUUUAGGUUUAUCGCAUGAUGGUGAUGUAUUAUCUGGAAACGAUUGUGAUACAGAAAUUUCAAAUAUUAUGGCACCAAUGGUUACGGCAACGUUUCAUGAAUUUACAUGGUCAAAAUGUUCCCGAGACGAAUUCCAUCGUAAGGCGUUGAAAUGGCCGUGUUUGAAAAAUAUUCCACGAUUGAAAAACGUUACAUAUUUAAAUUCUGAAAUUGAAACAUUACAAAAAUUUACAAUGGACGAACAAUGUCGUAUGGAAUUUGGUGAUGGAUACAUGUUCUGUCGUGGUUUUGAUAUAGUGGAACCAUGCUCACAUUUAUGGUGUGGCCAUAUAGAAUCACCACUAGUGUGUAAAACCAAACGUGGGCCACCAAUUGAAGGCACCGAAUGUGGAUUUAAUAAAUGGUGUGUUAGUGGAUAUUGUGAAAGUAUUUCGAUGACACAAUAUAAUAAUGAGAUUAGAAAACGAAGUGAAAUUAUUUUACAUAAACCAAUUCAUGGAGGUUGGACGAAAUGGUCUAAGUGGACACCAUGCAUAGCGAAACCAUGUGCUGGCCGACGAAUUUUAUCAUACCGUAUGCGUUCUUGUACAAAUCCUAUACCAGCAUUUGGUGGCGAAAAUUGUCUUGGUAAAUCAGAACAGUAUAGAAUUUGUCCGAAUUCAAAAUCAAAGUGCAAUACAAUCGAACAAGAUUAUCGUCAAGUAGAAUGUUCCAGAUUAAAUCAAUUGAUUCAUUUUAACGAUGGACGUGAAAAUUUCACAUGGUUACCAUACGAAUCUGAUCAGUUUAAUUUAAAAUGUCAACUAACAUGUAUUGCUGAAGAAACUAGAGAAAUAUAUUUAACUGGUGAAAAUGUACAAGAUGGAGUUACUUGUUCGUAUGAUAAUCCAUAUAGCAUUUGUAUUCAGGGUGAAUGCCAUCAAAUUGGAUGUGACAACAAGAUUAAUUCUAGUAAAAUUGAUGACCAAUGCGGAGAUUGUGAUGGGGACAAUUCAAAUUGCUUCAAUACGACAUUUACUCUGCAUUCAAAAAUAUUAAAAGAGGGUCCAACGCGGUUAACAAUACUACCAAAAUAUUCUCGACAUAUCUCUUUAAUACUAAAAGUACCUGAUUUUGUAAAUAAAACAAAUUUCUUAACAUUUAAGGAUCGUACAAAGCGACAUUUAAAUAUUAGUUUACUCGCAGCAAAUGUUUAUAUUUUUGGUGGUACAAAAUUUUUUUUAAUUCUUCCAUAUCCACAAAAUGGCAUGUUUGUGUUAAGAACAAAAGGACCAAUAUUACAAGAUGUAAUCGUAAAUAUCAAUAUUGCCAAUUUACAACCCAUCUAUUUUAACUCAAAUAUUUCAACAAAAAUCACAUAUAUUCAAAAUAAAAAUCAAUUGGAAAACUCCAAUCGUUAUCAGUGGAUUGAAGGUGGCUGGGGUCCAUGUUCACAAAAUUGUGUAAAUCAUAAGCAUCAUUUGGCACGAUUAAAAGAACAACACUUUAAUUCAACAGCAUCGCCAAGCUAUCUUCAACAUCUAGGUGGACGUCGUAAACGAACACUUGCAUGUCGAGACACCCAAACAAAACGUAUUGUACAAAGACGAUACUGUUCACUAUUAACAAAACCACCAAUUAAAUAUCAAGCAUGUAAUAAAUUUAGCUGUUCGUUUAAAUGGAUACCGGAUAAAUGGGAAUAUUGUUGCCAAACAUGUGGCUCACACGGUAUACAAUAUCGACAAUUAUAUUGUGUACAUCAAAUGGUUGUUAAGAAAAUAAAGGCGUUACUUUAUGAUACUAAUAAUGAUAAUAAUAAUAAUACACGUAAUCAAAGAAAAUUAAUAGAACGAUACAUGGUAACACCUGAUCAUUGUAAUUUAAGUGAACGUCCCCAACAAUAUCAAUCAUGUAAUCGUAUACCGUGUCCAGUAUAUUGGAAAUAUGGUAAUUGGUCACAAUGCUCAACAACAUGUGGUGAAGGCUUUAUGACACGAGAAUUUUAUUGUCCUGUAUUAGUUGGUGAACCAUUGUUCACAUGCGGAUCCUUUCCAAUACAACAACGACGUACAUGUACCAUUGCAUCGAAACAUAAUCCAAUAUGCCGUAAAAGUUUAAUGAAAAAACGAAAGAAUUGUCACGGUGAUAUGUCAAAAUAUUGUCAAUUGUCGGAGUUGUUAUCACAUUAUUGUGUGAUACCAAGUUUUCAUAAUGCAUGUUGUCAAUCAUGUACGUCGAAAAACGAUUUACCCGAAUGA